UUGUCGAGGGUGUUUGCGCCACUUCCUGGCUCUGACCAUUCGCACAUUUGCUCGGUUAGGCACUUCUGUGUUUGCGAAUCGGACGCGGUUGCUGCAGACUCCAGAAAGUGAACCACCAUGGCUGCUGUUUACACAGUAAAUGGAGGCCGUUUGCAGCCUGACGAUGAUGGAUUGCCUUCAGAAGAUCAGUCCGUAAGCGUUACAUCUGUUGUUUUGCCCUUGCUAGACAGCACUAAAACGAUUAAAGUGGAAGACACAAGUGAGCACGAAGACGCUAUUCCUACCGACUCAUUAUCGUCGGGAGACCAUGCUGCAGCGACGCAUGUUGCUCCACUGGUUACAAUCAAAGAGGAGCGUAUCGAGGACGAAGAGUAUUUCCAGAUAAAGUUAGGUGAUAUUGGGGGGAAUUCGGACGACAAGACCGAAAACAAGAACGGAUCAGACAAGGACAGUGUUAAUGGGGAUUGGCUUUUCCGCUGUGUGGAUUGUGGUGAAGCCUUUGAGCAGAGGGAGGCCUACCAGGAGCACCAACAUGAACACAUCCAUGAUGGUCCCAUAGUCUGCCUAGAUUCAGACUCGCAGUGGCACGACCUUCUUGUUUCCGAGGAUGGAGGUCGCCGAACCCUCUGCUGUGCUCUUUGUGGUCGUAAAUUCUCAAAUUCUAGAGGUUUUUUUGCCCAUCAACUCAAGCACCGGACUCAACCCCUCAAGCAGGAGCCUGUGACUGAAGUUGGCAUACCGGUGAAUAAGCCUCGCAUUUUUGAGUGCGAAGACUGUGGUAAAACCUUUUCCACUGUAGGUCUCUACCUCAACCAUCAGCGUUCACAUAAGCAAGCAUCAAAAUCUGUUUUUCACCAGCUGGCCCAUCUGAAGAAAAAGUCCUUCCAGUGCCCUACCUGUGGCCGGUGUUACUCACGGGCCUCAGCUCUUGAUGCUCACCGUCGUUGUCAUGAGGUCAAACUGAUAAAAUCUCGCAGCUCAGGAACAGAGAAGCUUUCAGUUGCACUGGAAGGUGGAGAAGAAAAUGGAGAUGACGCUGGGGAUGACAAAAAAUCAAGACCUGUUUGUAAGUGUCCUGAAUGUGGAAAGACAUUCCGCUCUUUGUCUGGCUUGAACAUCCACCAACGUUCCUGCUGCAAUUCUAAAUGUCCUGAAGAAAAGCCUAAAGAGGAAUUUAACUGUCCUGAUUGUGAUAAGUGUUUCUUGAGUAAUGCUUCUUUAGUGUGCCAUCAACGUUGGCAUGUUCGGCGGGCUAAAAUAAGCAGCAUUGGCCAGUCUCUUUCAUGUGAAGAAUGUGGGAAGGUCUUCUCUUCACUUACCUUCUAUGAGAAGCAUCAGAGACUUGUGCACAGUGAAGAAACUCCAGCUAAGUCAUUUCUACAUCAAGUCUACCAACUACAGAAGAAGGCCUUUGAAUGUCAAGAUUGUGGCCGUCGUUUCUCACGUGCUUCAGCACUUCAGUCCCAUCAGUUAUGUCAUACUGAUGUUUUUGGAGAUGUAAUUGACAAGGUGUACCAGAAACCAGUUGCCACCCCAACAUCCCUGACGCCACCACAAAAACUAUACUUAUGUGAUAAAGAAAAGCCAGAAAACUUUGCAAUAGGAACCUUGGCAUAUUCCCAGGGAGCUCCUCAGUUAUCAGAGAUGGAUAACCUAACUUGUAAGGAUACUAAAAAGGAUGAGGUGGAGGGUAACAACAGGAUUUCUAAUACUGAAAUUAUUGGAAUAAUUGAAUCUGAUGACUUGAGAGAAAAAAAUGAUCACCUUUUGGUUACAGAACCAGUACUAGCAUUUAAUUGUGAAUCAAACAAGGAAGUCCAUGAUGAUUUCAGUGCUCCUAUAAGCAAAACAAAGAAGUCAGAAAGUCCAUUAAAAUCGAAGACAGAAGUUGAUGUUGAGCUUGAAUUUGAAUCUGUAGAAAACGAAGAAAUUGCAGAUAAUCCGUGUAAAAUAAAGAAUUUUGAGUGUCCUGAAUGUGGUCGCAAAUUUGCUAGUGCCAAUGCUAUACGCUGUCACAGAAUGUGGCACAAGGGUCCUAUGGGACGGGCCGCAGGUCAUAAAAGCUGGACUCACAAAAUCCCAAGCCAGACUUGCCUGAAAAAGCUUUUCAAAUGCAAUGAUUGUGGAAAGGAAAGCCACUCACUUGCCUCGCAUCGUCAUCACCUGCAACAACAUGGAGAUCCGAAACCAUACAAGUCGCUUUUGUUCCAGCUUGCUGGGUUACAGAAGAACUCCUUUGAGUGUGAGGAAUGUGGAAUGCGUUUUUCUCGAGCUUCUGCUUUGCAGUCCCACCAGCAACACCAUGCAAAGCCUAAAAGAACCCAUAAGUGUCCACAUUGUGACAAAGCCUACUCGAGUCAUGGUGGAUUGUAUAAUCAUCGCAAAACAUGUCAUGGUGAAUGGUCUAAUGAGAGUGCUUCCACUGACCUCAAAAAAGAUGUUUUCAAUCCAAGGAAGACUCUUCUUGGCCCUAAGGUGUACCACUGUGAACAAUGUGGAAAGGGUUUUUGGUCGCUGGGGGCAUUUUCUCAGCAUAAGCAGUGUCAAUGUAUUGAGGUCAAGGAGAAAAAUGACUUGCCUGAGCCUCUAACUUCUAUUAGUAACCAUCCACGUACAGAUGAUAAAUGUGCAGUUUGCCCUGUUUGUGGAAAGAAGUUUCGUCACAAGGGUUACCUAAAGUCUCACAUGAAAAUGCACUGUACCGCUCCACAGAAAAAACAUAAAUGUGAGAUAUGUGGUAAGUCUUACCACAUGCUUGCUUGUUUCCUCAAGCACCAAAUAGUGCAUGACUCUCAAAAAAACCCACCCCCAAUCAAGUCUUUUCAGUAUCAAGUGGAGCAGGUGAAAAAGAAUAUGUAUAGCUGCCCUGAUUGUGGUAAACGGUUCUCCAGAGCCAUGGCACUUCAGUUCCACAUGAGAAGCCAUGGCUAUGAAACUGGAUAUCCCUUUUCUUGGUCAAAAUCUGUUGCCAAGCUGAAGAUGUUUCAGUGUCCACUUUGUUCUGACCGUUUCUCAGAUGAACUAGUUCUGAAAGAUCACUUGAACCAAAAACAUGCUGAGAACCAGAAUGAGGUCAAUGAAAGUAGGGAACAUAAUCAGGAACAUGAAGAAACAGUGAGUACUAUUGAAUCAACCCAAAAAGGGAAAAAUUUGCAGAGCGAGUCAGAGAAUUCAGCAAAAGAGGCAUCUCCAGUCAAGGCUAAUUCUGGAAAAUAUAAAUGCAGAGAGUGUGGAAGAGGAUUCUCAGUUGUUGGAGCUCUAAAUUUUCACAAGAGAAUUCAUCUCAAGCAACACACUGCUUCAGAUAAUUUUGGAACUCCUGUUGGUCUUGAGGAACCCCAAAGUGUAGAGGCCAGUGAUAAAGAUCUCUAUAUUUGUCCAGAAUGUGGAAGGAGCUUCAAUACCAAUUCUGCCCUGGGGACACACAGACGAUGGCAUGUUGACAGGAACUUUGCUGUGACUUUGUCAACAGCUGAUGUACCUUGUUCAGACAAGAACAACAGUGUGGUUGACGGACCGUUUCACUGCAGCCGUUGUAGCAAAGGAUUCUCAUACUUCUGUGUUCUUAGACGCCACCAAAUGAAUUACUGUGGAUAUGAAGGCCAGACUCAGACAGACGCUUCAACUGAUCUUGAUCAGGGUCCUAAUAAUAAACCAUCAACAAGUAGUGAAUUGACCUGCCCAAAAUGUGACUUGACCUUUAAUCGUUCUUCACUGUUAACCUCUCACUAUCAGACUUACCAUGCCAAAAAUUUCACAUGUAAUCAGUGCAAUGUGUGUUUCUUUUCAGCUGAGGCUCUGCAGAAACAUGAGUCCCAGUUCCAUAAUGGUACAGAGAUCCCAGAGAAAUCUGUUGCUCCAACCCUUAAGAGACCCAAGUUUCUAGUGUCAAGAAAACGUUAUGAAUGCCUCGAGUGUAGCAAGCGUUUCUUUAAGAUAAGGGGCCUUCGGGCACAUAGAUGGCAGAUGCAUCACGGGAGCCGAAAGUCAGUGGGCUCCUUUAGAACAUCGCUGAAACCCUUUCCUUGCACUGGGUGUGAAAAGCGGUAUAGUUCUCAGGGUGCACUGUAUAACCACAGGAAGAUCUGUUUAGUGGCUAAAAGGAAACUGAAACAAAAGAAGGCUGUGAUGAUUGACCCAAUAUUGCCUCACUGCUUUUCUCAGCCAUAUGGAAAAUGCCUUUUUAAGUGUCAUAAGUGUGGCAAAGCCUUUCCCAGUGUAGAUCGACUAGAGGCCCAUAACAAUGUUGCUAAGAGCCGGCCACAUUGUUGUGCCCUUUGUUGCCGUGGUUACUGGACAGAAACUCAACUGCAGCAGCACUUGACCUGGCAUGACGAAGUGCGCCUCCGCUUGCCAGCUGAACUGCGGUAUCGGCUCAGCACCUGUGCUCAAGCCGCCAGAGUCCUCUCCCUUUCCAACCAGAAACAGAGUGCAGAUCUACUUCCAUCAAAACCUGUUGAUUCUCAUUUACUGGAAGACCACAAGUGCUUGCAUUGUGGAGAUGUUUUCCCAACAGCUGAUGCCCUAAAACACCACCAGACUUCACACAAUGAUCUCUACCCUUGUUCUUUAUGUCCACGGACCUUUAGUCAGAUCCAGGAGCUUGUUGAUCACCACCAGGAGUGUAUGAGUGAGGACAGAAUGCGAACUGCUGAAGAGAAAGAGUUGGUGCUUAAAGAUCCCCUUAGAGCAAGCAACGAGUUAUCCUGCAUUGAGUGUGGGAUCACUUUUAGUCAGGAGGUAGAGCUCCAUCAGCAUUACAUUGAACAUGCUCGAGGAGAAUACUAAAUGAUGUGUGGGGAUAGGGGAUUCUCAAAAACAGUAUUGACCCUUCGAGCUGUACAAACUGAAAUGGGCCAGAACAAUAGACAAUAGAGCAUUUUCUCUGAUUAUGAUGAUGACAACCCCUCACACAUAUUAUUGGAUCCCAGAACAUGGUUGAUUCUGUCUUUUCUGUCUCUAGUAUUUUGCAAUUGGUGUAGUUUUAUUGUAGUACUUCAAUAAAACAUAGGUACCUUAUUAUGUUGGAAGGAUUUUCUUUUGUUUUCUCAGGCUCUAUUGCUCAUCUCUUGUGCGUGAGCUUAGUUAAAUGUUUACAAGUGCCCUCAAAUGUAGCUGCAAAUUGAAGAAUGUGUUUUAACAAUUAAAUAUUUAAUAUGAAAUUGGUGCUCUAACAUUUUGAUGUUUGCUUUAUUCGCCUGGCGCUUUCUUUAAAUUGAUAAUCAGCUAAGCAUACAUGAGACAAUAACCAUGCCAUAUAAUGUCAUUUGGUUAUGCAACUUUUAACAAAAUCUUUGUGUAUGUUUUUUUCCCUCCCUUUAUUUUCCCCCUCAGUAACUUAAAUUUGGGGCCAUCUGUGGAAGUACUUCUUGUGUUUCUUUGAGUCUUACACAGAGACUACUACCAUGUAUGUUUUAUGUAAAUUAGAGAAACUUGAAAUGUUUAGUAAAUGUUAUACCAAAGUUUAUAGAAUAGUUUACACCUUGUUCUUAUGUUUUGUGUGUAGAUGCGUAUAUGUAGUGUUUAAAUGUAUUUAAAUGUAACAUUUCUUUUAACAUUUCUGGUCAUAACUCUUUGCCCAAAUCAAACCAUCUGUAAGAUGAAAUCCCAGCGUGGUGGAUUUCACUUGGAUUUAACAUCAAACAUGUAUGUAAAUGUACUAGUUUUCUUGUUGUACUAUAUAUUUGUAGUUAAAUACUGCUCACUAAUGUAGUGUGAUCUACUAUAUGGCUAACUUUUAGCCUGAAUCCUCAAAAUCGUGUAGCACUUGUACAGAAUGCUCCGGAAAUGCUAUAUAGUCAGAGUUUUCUCUUAAUGUUCAUAAUUGCAUUUUCAACAAAAUCGUUUAAUGGGUGCUGAAACGCAUAUUAUAAAAAGAUUAAGGGAUCAAUGAUGUUGGCUGGAGUGAUUGCAGUUUAUUGUUUGAUGAUUGCCUGGAAAUUUGAAUUUGUUUUGGUUUACCAUUUUGCGGCAAGUCACUUAACCGGUAUCACCCACCAUUGUUUGAUUCAAAACUUAAAUGUAAAGUGUUCUGCUUUGUGUAUAAUUUUAUUAAAAUGUGCCUGACUUGAAAAUGACAUUCAAAA